AUGUCGUAUGUGCUUGUGUUGGCUGGUUUUGGAUGUGAUGCGGAUGGGGGUUGUUGCUGUCUUACUUGUUUGUUUGUUUGUUCUUGCCGUUUCCCUUUCGUCUUCACCUUUACUCUUCGCUUGUUAUCUUGCAGUGUUCUUCGACUCUCGCGUCGGCGGUCCGGUAAGUUGCGUAACGGUGGUAUUUGCGCGGUGAUGCCCCACGAGGCGCCGUUGCAAGAUGCCGCCGGUGUGGAACGGCAGAUGAGUGCACAGGGCGGGCACGUCGUGGUGACAUUUUUCACCACAAGUUUCCCAAAGGCGAUGCCGGAGCAGUCGUACUCUGUGCCGCUGGACACGCUGCCCGAAGGCCUGAACACGCUUGUGCAAAGCGUUCUCGCGGUGGAGGGCCACACGUUUGAUUUUAUCCUCAAUGAUGAGUACAUCUCGACCUCGCUGCACAAAUUUCUUGCCCGCCGAGGCAUUAGCUACGAGGAGCUGCUUAACAUCGAGUACACCCCUGCGCUGCAGGCGAAGGAGGGAUCGCUGCUUCCACACGAUGACUGGGUGAGCAGUGUGCGGGCACCGUUUCUGGGAGGCGUGGAGUUACUGCUCACCGCGUCGUAUGACCACUGCGUGCGCCUUUGGGACGGGGAGAACUGCGUUGCCCUCGGAACCUAUCACAAUGAAUGCGUGAAGGAGGUCUGUCUGCAUCCAGUGCGACCCACGACGUCCUCAACGGACGCAGCGGCGUUAUCGCGAAAACGUAAACGUGCGGCGGCAAUGGAAGAUUUCAUGUGUGUAAGCUGCAGCAAGGACGGCAGCAUUGUGGCCUGGCAGUUUGACGGCAGCCUAGCACAAUUCACGCCAUUGGGGGUGGUGAAGCCACAUAUCGACGGCGUGGACUCCGUUGACGUCUCACCCGGGAGUGGUGAGUACGUGGCGAGCGCUUCGUGGGACGGCACCGUCAAGGUGUUUCAGUGGUCUCAGCUGUUGGAUGCAGAAACCCCGGCCGCGUCAAAGGCACCGCUUGUUUCCUUCACCGACCACACGCGGCCUGUGCUUUCCUGUCGUUUUUCCGCAACGGAUGGGCCUUCUCUGCUGUACUCCGCCGGCCUGGAUGGAGCUGUAAAGUCUCUCAGCGUUGAGCGGGCUGUGCUCCUAUCGAACUGUGAAGGCGAUCAUCCCAUCCAGGGAAUUGCUGUGAAACCCGCCGGAGGCGGGGGUGAUCUUAUCAUCACCGCCUGCACGGACAAUCGCGCCCGCCUCUACGACACUCGUGAGAAGAAAAUUGUGAAAACCUUCAGCGGCCACCGGCAGUGGCUGUAUGCUGCGACGUGGGCGUGGCGGCGAGAGGAGGGUGAGCAGGGGGGGUCACACCUCUUUGCCACUGCGAGCGAGGACAGCACCGUCCGUGUGUGGGAUCUCCGCUCGACCAGCGCCGCACUCCUCACGCUGGACACCAUGCACACUGACGGCGUGUUGGAUGUCACGUACGCUGGCGGCUCACAAAUUGCGUCGGGUGGAAAAGACAACAAAACAAGGAGCUUCUCAUUAUCUAAGGGUGAGGAUGGCAUGAGUUGA